UUCGGCAGUUUGGCUGUACUCAUUUCGUCCUAAAGCCGAGUAACAUGGAGGAAAGUUCUCUCUUUGAGUGUGUCUCUCUUUUCUAUGGACACUUUUACUGUAUGAGCUGUGUUUGCAGCUGCUGAGAUUAGGUGGAUCAGGAAAGUGUAGACAGCUGCUGUCCACAGUGGCGCAGAGAGGCCGUUUGUGAAGAAAGGCACCAUCUUGGCUGAGCUGUUGGAGAAUCUGAAGAUGGCAGAGGCCCAGGCUGCUCCACCCGUAACCGCGCACGCAAGACCAGGAGACGUGGAGUGUGACUUGUGCUCUGAGGGAAAACUCAAAGCUGUCAUGUCCUGUCUGGUGUGUCUGAUCUCAUUCUGUGAGGUUCAUGUUCAACCUCAUUAUCAGCCUGCCUUACAGAAACACAAGCUGGUCAAAGCUGUACAGUUACAGGAGAAGAUAUGUUCUCAACACGGCAGGCUCCUGGAGAUGUUUUGUUACAAUGACCAGAGGUGCAUUUGUGUGUUGUGCACCAUAGAAGAUCACAAUGGCCAUAAUACUGUUUUUGCAACAGUAGCAUGGCCCGAGAAACAGAAGCUGCUCCUGGAAAAAAGGAUGGAAUUCCAUAGGAGAAUCCAAGAAAGAGAGAUAGCGAUGAAGGAGUUGACAGAAGCUGUGAUAUCUUACAAACGUUCUGCACAGGAAGCGUUGGAGCACAGCGACAGGAUCUUCCCUGAGUUGCUGCAGUUCAUUGAGAGAAGACGCUCUGAGGUGAAAGAGCUGAUCAGAGUUCAGCUGGAGACAGCUGUGAGUCGGGCUGAAGAGAUCGUGAGGGAGCUGGAGCAGGAGAUCGAGGAACUGAGGAGGGGAGACGCUGAGCUGGAAGAGCUAGAGCGUGAAGAAGACCAUGUCCAUUUCCUCCAGAGUUUCCAGGCCCUCAAGACCUCUCCUGUAUCCAAAGCUUCACUCAGCAUCACUCUCAGUCAACAUCCAUCAUUUGACACCCUGAAGGAAUCUCUUUCUGCACUGAAAAAGGAAGAAACCUGCAGGAUUGGGAAGAUAUUAGCAGAAGUGAGGAAGAUCCAUGUUGUGCUGCCACUGGAACCAAAAACUAGAGAGGAGUUCAUGGAGUAUUCUUGUCCACUGACGCUGGAUCCACACACAGCACACAGGUCCCUCUUCCUGUCCGAGGCGAACCGGAAAGCAACACGUGGAGAGGAGCGGCCAUAUCCUGAUCAUCCUGACCGGUUUGACGGUUGGGCACAGGUGCUUUGCAUGGAGGCUAUUUCUGCGUGUUCCUACUGGGAGGUGGAGUGGACUCAUGAGGACAAUGUUGGAGUGGAUAUCGCCCUUGCGUACCAACACGUCGACAGGAAAGGAGGCGUUCUCGAAUGUCGGUUUGGGUGCAAUAAACAGUCGUGGAGGUUAGAGUGUGAUCCUGGAAGAUGUACUUUCAGGCACAAUAACUUCCGAACUGAGCUCCUCGCCGUCCCACUCUCCAGGAUGGGGGUGUAUGUGGAUCACAGUGUGGGAAUCUUGUCCUUCUACAGCAUCUCAGACACGAUGACCCUCCUCCACACCGUGCAGACAACAUUUACUGAACCCCUCUAUCCUGGGUUUUGGGUGGCAAAUGGAGCAUCUAUAAAAAUCUGCUCAGAAUAAUGCAUUGACUGCAUUGAUUCAUUGUUCAAAUUUACACAUAGAAUAGAAUAGAAUAGAAUAUGUACUUUUUUGAUCGCGUUAGGGAAAUUCAUUUCUCUGCAUUUAACCCAAUUUAACCGUAUUAGUGAACACACACAGCACACAGUGAACACACAGUGAGGUGAAUCACACAUUAACCCGGAGCAGUGAGCUGCCUGCCCAACCAGCGGCGCUCGGGGAGCAGUGAGGGGUUCAGCCGUGGACUGGUCGGGGAUCGAACCGGCAACCCUCCGGUUACAAGGCUGAAGCCCUAACCAGUAGGCCACGGCUGCCCUGGUUAGGGCAUGCCGUGGGCAUGCCGUGCGCAUGCCCCAAAGCGCAGAAAUAAAAGGCAUCCUCACUGAUCUUUGGGGUGCUACAUGCUCAAUCAGCAUUUGUGGUGAUAAAAAGACACUUUUUUGAGUGCAGCCAUUCUGUAGCUGCUUUUCAUCUCCCUGAGACACUAUAGUCUGGCUUCUCACUUUACAUGUCCCUCAGUCAUCAGGAUGGCAGGCCAAUCAGCGAAAAGAGGGAAUGAUGUUAGUUUUGAAAGUGUCAGUGGUAAACGGUAGUAACAAUACCAACAAAUAUCCAAAGAAAUUGUAGUCGUAAGAAUUUGUAGAUGUACAGCAAAGGUAAAUGCACUGAAAUGUGUUCUGACUUUCUGGUGCGUGCUGCUUAUUAUCAGUUAGUGAAGGUUAGCAGGAAGUAAAGCGAGGAAUCCCUGAUCAGUGUGAUUAGUUGGGCUGGACAAAUGAUUUCGAAGUUAACACAAAGUCCACCCCCAUUAUUACAUUUACAUUUAUAUUUAGUGAUUCAGUUGAUGCUUUUAUCAAAGGCAACUUACAAAGAAGGAUAACAAUGGAGGUACAAACGAUUACAACGCCAGUGUAGGAAACAUUUCCCAAUGGAGAGUAGCCUAUCCAGACUCUCUACACAACGUGAAACACUCGUCAGACACCUUCUUUGCAUGUGGGUUCUUCUCUAUGUGUUUAAGUAAGCUCACACAAAGUCAAGUAGCCUGCCGUGACAUGUACCAUCAACUAUAAUGACAUACAAGUGAACGUUAAGUAUUUUUUGUUCUAGUUUAUGCAUUCAAUUAAAUGUAAUCAAAUCAA